CCCUGUUCAGAGCGCUUCAGUCCUGUUUACAAGGGAUAGCCAAUGAAAGAUGUUCACUACAGGGAAAAUAAAAUAAAUCGCGCAUUGAACUGAAACCGAUUACUCUCGAAAUAUUGUGUAGCGUAUGUAUUGAAUAAGGAUGUAACUUCAACUGCAUUUCGAAUAAAUCUUUCACAACGUUUGUAUGCAAAGUUAUGGUCUGUUCGCGAUGUGUUUGUUGUAGGAUACAUGGCUCAGAGUUGCCCAGUGAACUGGGCUAUGUUGGAAAAAUAGAGCAACCCUAUGGAUCUUUACACAUUUAUUUGUCAAGGUUUCUGUUUCUGUGGCAGGCUCAAAGACGAAGAGGUAAGCAGCAGCAGGUGAUCACUAGCUUCUUCCAGGAGGUUUCAGCAGAGUGUCGCGGAUGGGUUACAUCAGACGUCAGAUAGGGCCUGGCUGGGAGAGGGAGUGAGUAUGGACAACCUUUCUGACUUUGGAUCUCUAUGUCCAUCCAGCCGGAGGGAAUGGGACACAAGCAGCUGUGUGGAUGAUUUGAUGGAUGAAGAGGAGAAAGACAGGGCAAAAAGGGCGUCUCGUAACAAAUCGGAAAAGAAAAGAAGAGACCAAUUCAAUGUGCUCAUCAAGGAGCUAUGUACCAUGCUGCAGGGCCAAGGCCAUCCACGCAAGAUGGACAAGUCCACUAUACUCCAGAGAACGAUCAACUUCCUGCAGAAACAGAAAGAAAUCACAUCACAGACAGAGUCAUGUGAGAACCGGCAAGACUGGAAGCCUUCGUUCCUCAGUAAUGAGGAGUUUACCCAGUUGAUGCUGGAGGCUUUAGAUGGUUUCCUCAUUGCAAUAACAACGGAUGGAAACAUUAUAUAUGUGUCCGACAGUGUGUCUUCACUAACUGGUCAUUUACCGUCAGAUAUGGUGGACCAAAACAUCUUGAACUUCCUCCCUGAGUGCGAGCAUGGGGAGGUCUAUAAGCUGCUGUCAUCCCACAUAAUGAUGUCUGACCCUGUCUCAGCCAACUUCCUGGAGAAUGAGACACGUAUUGAGUUCUGCUGUCAUUUAGCGAGAGGAAACAUGAACCCAAAGGAACCUCCUACAUAUGAGUAUGUCAAAUUUGUUGGAGAUUUCAAGUUUCAUAACAAUGUGCCUACAUCCUUUUGUAACGGGUAUGAUUUGACAUUACCAAGAACCCUGCAGUCGUCGCUGGAAGAGCAGGUCUGCCUUGUUGCCACCGUACGAUUAGUCACUCCGCAGUUUUUAAAGGACUUGUGUAAUAUUGAAGAUCCAUGCGAUGAAUUCACAUCUAGACACAGCCUUGAAUGGAAGUUCCUGUUCUUAGACCACAGGGCUUCACCAAUCAUUGGCUACUUGCCUUUUGAAGUUCUUGGGACUUCUGGCUAUGAUUACUAUCAUGUCGAUGACUUGGAGCUUAUAGCGCAGUGUCAUAAGCAAUUAAUGCAGUUUGGGAAGGGUAAAUCCUGCUACUAUCGGUUUCUGACCAAGGGCCAGCAGUGGAUCUGGCUUCAGACACAUUACUACAUUACUUACCACCAGUGGAACUCCAAGCCAGAGUUCAUAGUGUGCACCCAUAUAGUUGUCAGUUACGCAGAGGUGCGAGCAGAGAGGAGGAGAGAGUUUGGCUUGGAGGAGACGUCACCUGAGUUGGCAACUUCAUCCUCCAUUAAGACUCCGGAUGUGUACCUGGACAUCUGCCCCAGUCUGGAUCCUCCCGCAGGGGACCAGAUUAGCAGGGCAUGCUCAGUGUCCUCCCAAAGCUCCCGGAAAUCCUCCCACACGGCCCUGUCUGACUCAGCGUCAGCCAACUCUUCUAUGCGCUACACAGAAGCUUGCACGCCCUCACAGCAGUCUGCAUCCAUCACUGGGAUGGAGAACAGUUCUGCCAGACUCGCACCUACUAAAAAGACUUUGAUACAGAAGCGAAACUCUUUUGAUCUUGUUCCCCAAUUGAGUCUCCCCCUUUCUCCUACCUGCAGCCAGCACUCCUCAAUGUCACAACAACAACAACAACAACAGCCACAGCAGUCCAUGUACCAGGAGCCACAGCCCCCUGCUCCUCAUAUGGGUGUCAUGCACCAGCUGAAGGAACAGCUGGAGGAAAGGACACGCAUCCUGCAGAUGGACAUCAAGACUCAGCAGCAGGAGCUGCAUGACAUCAAGGAGAAGCUGCAACUGGCUAACCUCCAGAUGUUGUUACAGCAGCCCAUCCACAGUGAUUUUAGCCAGGUCCUACGGCAGCCACAGCUCCAGCAGCAGGGUCCAGGGAGGCCGGCCCAGCAGCAGGCCCAGUCUGGGGUGAUCAGGCAAGCCUCGAACCACUCCAAACAGCCUCUCCAUGGAGGCCGCGGCUCGUCCCCUCACUCUGUCCUCAGAGAGCACAGCAAACCCUCCCCUCAGGUACAGCAGAGGUUGGUAAGGAGCGCAGGUGGGCAGAUACAGACUGUCAGUUUCCCUGUGCAGACCCAAACCAGCCUGAACACGCCCUUCUACAGCAACCCCAUGAUGUUCUCUCAGCAGACGAAUGCACAGCCCCUGCAAGAUACAAACCAAAGACACACAGAUACUGAGUUCAGCCAAGAGGGACAAAUACGAAUGCUGCUCAACCAGCCAAUGCAGACCCUCAUACCUGAUUGCAGCGUUAGCUCCCAGACUUUCCAGUGCAACACAGCCAUCCAGCAAACCAAAUACACCCUGGACCAGCAGAUGAUGACCCCGUCAUUCCCCAUGCAGCAAGUGAACUGCAACGCUGUCCUGGUCCCCUCUCCCGUUUUCACGUCCCCCAUCAUGAUCCCUCACAACAGCUUUAUCACACCCCAGCCCCAGCCCACCUACCAUGCUCAGCAGCAGGCCAGCCAACACUCUCUGCAGCUGCAGCAGUCCCAUCAGUUCUUUCAGAUGCAGCCCCAAGGACUCUUACACAGUGGACCUACUCAGGCUUUUUUCCAAACCACUAAUAUUCCACAGCAAGGUACUGUGGGUUACAUUCAGCAACCACAGCCCCAGCAACAGCAGCGACAACACCACCAUUCCCACAACCAGACUGGCAGCCUUUCAGACUUUAGAAAUAUGCUCACUCGUUAGCAUCAAGGACUCUGACACAACAGUGAGAUAUCCCCUGGAACCUAUUGUCACAGGUGGCAGACACAGAGGCAUACUUGAAACCAAGCUGUGCUGUGUCCUCUGCUGUUUAAACUAGCCAAUUUGGCUUUGUUUCCACAGCAAGAAAGUAAAUGAAAAUAUGGUUGUGGUGACCUUGGGAGCCACCGUUUUCCGACAAAGCUGUUUUUGUACCCUAUACUGUGGUGAACCACAGGCGGAAGCUGCUUCGACAGGGGAUGCCCCCAAGGUGAAGGCUCGACCAGAAAUGGAAACUGAGUCCUUGGGCAAAAGGGCUGCGCUUCACUGCACCACCAUAUAUUUCCUGCGUCACGGAGCUAAUGGGACUAAUUCGUCACAUUUCAUCGUGACACUGCUGGACAGAGAAAAGUAAUCAAAAGGUAAACAGUGCUGUGAUUUUUAUAAAGGUGUUCAGCAAAAAAAACAAGGUAAUCAUUGUGCAGUCUCGUUGUGUCCGUCUGUACUGUGUUCAGACCAUCUGUCCAUCACUACACAUAGUAAGCAUUCGCUUCUUCAAAGUUGCAUCUUCAUUUUCCUCAUGUGUCUAUGACUUAUGAUUUUGUAAUGCAGUUGUUGCAUACAUUAUAUAUUUUUUCAUAUAUAAGAAGACCGUUAUGAAACAGUAGUUUUAUAAACCUAAUGAAAAUCUAAAUAUUCCCUAGGAAAAGGAUAAAAAGGUUUGAUUUUGAUGUUGGACAUCAGCUGUUUCUUCUUCAAAGUUUGAGGCAGUCUCCCUUAAGCAUACUGUAGUUGAUAUAAUUUUUAACCCCUAAAUUCUGUUCUUUGUUUGACAUAUUUUUGAUGAUUAAAACAUCAACUAGAACAAUGUCCUUAUAUUGCUUUAGAAUUAAAUAUUUAAUUAAUUGUAAAAAAAACAACAAAAUGAUUAAAGAAUGACAAUCUUUUCAUUAAAAAAAUCAUUAAAACCAUACUGCAUUUUGUUCAUCCAAACUUUAAUGUUGUUUUCAAAGUGAAUGUACUGUAAGGUAACCUUCUUACGUAUUGCUGUUAUACCAAGUGCGUUAUUCUUUUCACUGGCAUUUAACGAAGAUGGGACAAUAAGAUCUUAAUGCCUUUAUCAGCUCACAAUCAUAAAGUAACAUACAGCUAAGUAACAGUAGUUUAUUUCCCAAAUCACCCCAGGAAUAUUUAUAAAUAUCACCCCAGGACAAUUCAUAAAUAUCCAUAAUAUUCUUAAAUGUAACAAAUGCUGCAAUGAUUGGAAGGACGUCACUAAUACAGUUUAUGGUAGUUAUCAUACAAUGAUUAUUUAGGCUUUAUAACAUAACAUAACAUCUUUUUUUCUCAGGUUAUUUGUGGAAAGAAUAUUCUCAGUAUUAAACUACCAACUUGUACUUUUCAUAAUUUGCGGGUUACCGUUUUGUUGUUUAUAAAGUAGACGGUUAAUCUGCAGGUUAGCGGAUAUGUUUUUUUAUAUUAUUUGUGGAGUAGAGCCACAAAAUACAUUCUAAUGUAACUUUUCAAAUACUACAUUAUUCUUGUUUUUUACACAAGUUAUAUAUGUUUUCCCCAAAUAAUUACAACAGUAGGUAACUGAUUUGAGUUACCGCACAUUCUUAAAAUAUUGUACUAUAUCAGAUGAAAACCUCUACAGAACUUUAUACAAACAUGCUUAACUGCCUCAAUUUACAUUAGUCACUGGCUAACACAAAAUGGAACAACAUAUUGGAAUUCGACAUAAAGUGAAAUUUGCAACGCAUUGUGGAGUACAUUUUCAAUUGUACAAUGUUAAGACAAUCUUUAAAUUCUCCACAUAGAAUAUUGACUCACUGUCACUUCAUCUGUCACUGUCAAUAAAAAAGGCUAGCGCUUCAUUUUGGUUGAAAAGAUCAAAGUUGUUGAAUUAUUCCAUUAUUUACAUUUUUACCCUUUAUUAUGUGCAAUGUUAAUUUAAAAAGAUAAUGUUUAAUAGUUGAAAUUAUGUUUCUAGCUAGGUAUGUGCUCAUGUAAAAAAAGAGAUACUAAAUACUACAUUGGUUAAUGGUAUACACCUAUGUGAAUUAAAUGGAAAUAUUUUUGUAUGAAGAUAUCUUUAACAUUCCUUCAACCAUAAAUAUCAGCAGUACCUUUAGCAAGGUAGAGCUUGCCUCUGCUAAAGCUUUUUUUUUUUAGAAUUUCUAAUCCACACUAAAGACUCAGGUCAACUCAUCUCAGAGUGAUGCUGCCAUUAGGGAAGGAGCCCAUUCUAGAUUGAGUUAAACUUAUGUUGGCCUCCUGCUGGGGUCAGCCUAAUGUAAACAUUGUUGUGACAUGAGCCACACAUUGUUUAAACAUAACUGGGUCAUUUUGCUAUUACUCACAACAGUGACCCUGGGUAAGACACAUAAUUGCAGAUUUCAGAGCAACUUUCAGCUAUACAAGUAUUUUUAUUAUUAUUUUCUUAGACAACCUUCGUGAUUAAAUAACCAAUUAUUUUAAAAUCCUGUUGGUUGAUUGUCAGCAUAAUGUCUCACUGGGUUGGCCUCCACUCAACCAUAUCAUUUGGGGUAAAACUCAGUUAUUGGUUCAAUGUGCUCAGUGCCUGAUGAUAUGGUAAAUUGUAUUUUGAUAGUUGCAGGAACAUGUAUGUUUUAUUAAAAAUGUGUUCUCUAACUGAGUCGCCCUCAAUCAUAUAUGAGGAAUUUCAUUAAAUGUCCCAAUUUUCUACUUUUUGAGGUGAUGCCAAUAGCCAUUGUCAGUUUGCUGUGUAUUACUACAGGUUCUACCAUUGUUCAAGUUUACCGGUGUGAGUGUUUGUUAAUUGUGACUGCUAUGCUAGAUGAAAAGGUACUUUGUCUCAUUUUGAUUCUGUUAAAUCUUUCUCCCCUGCAGUAGAAUAUGCACUUUUUGUUUCAGUUCACACUAUAUUGUUAUGUUCAUAAAGUGUCAUUCUUUUAAAAGGCAUCAUGUGACCUUGUUUUUUUCCUUUUCUGUGAACUUUUGAUGUGACUGGUUAUCCUUGCAGUAUAUAGGAUGGAGAGUAAUUUAAUGCAUACUGUAUAGCAUCUGCCAGAAAAACACAAGACAGACAGAAACAGAACCUGGUACAUAACAGCCAUUUCUGCCUUUGUAUUGCAGAAAACUCAGUGAAAAUAUUGUAUUAUAGAAUGUAAUUGUUUCAAUUAUAUAGUUCUUUAUUUUAUAAAAUAUUAAAUAGAUUGAAUAAAUUAUAUACGGUAUGUAUACAUAAUGUUACAUGCUUUUAAAGUAAAACCAACAGAAGUAUUUUGUAACAGAUUAUUGAAGUGUCUUAUUGGGGAAGGUAAGGUUUUUCUUUUCAGUUCAGCAAGUUGGUGUUGCACAGUUGAAGAUAUUGUUUGGCUUGUUUUUUCUCUGUAUAUACCAUCAAAAAUAUGUUUUUAACAUUGUUAAUAUUGUUUUCAAAUAAAUUAAUUAAAAAGUUUA